AUGGCGUGCGCGGCGGCGGCGGCGGCGGCGGCGGCCCGGGUAAACAGUCAUGGAGGAGGAGGCGGCGGCGCCCGCGGCCGCCCUCUCCCACUCCUGAGUCGCGCCGCGCCGCCGCCGCCGCCGCGGGAGCCGCGCUGCCCGCGCUCGCUGCUCUCCCGGGGCGCGGAGCGGCCGGCGGGUGAAGGGCGAGGCGGGCGGCCGGCGGCGGCUCGGCCCGCGCACCCCGUCGUCCCGCACGGCCCGCGCCACAGGCCGCCCUGGAGGCCGCGGGCAGCCGCCAGAAUUAAGAAGGAAGGAUCUCCACAGUCCCAGCAGAUGAAGAUCCACUGGUAAAUCGAUCAGGACUUUUGGCCUAUGCUCCAAAGAAAAGG